AUGAGUACAUAUAUGCUACUGAGUAAUAUUGAGCUAGUUUCAUUUGUUACGUACCCAGUUUAAUCUGAUUAAAUAUCAUUGUAAUUCUGGGAACCUAUUAAAAAUGUAUCAUAUGGAUCGAUAUAGAUGUAGACAAAUGUAAAUCAAGUGACUUCACUCAGAAAUUUGAUAGGAAUUAAGAAAUAUUUUGGUUAUGAUUAUGCCUUCAUCUAUUUGGUGUCAGAAACUGUUUACUUGUUUGAUUUAACUAACUAUCAAUAAUAAUAAUUUAAAUUGUUAAGUUCAUUUUCUAUUGAUUAACUUUAUAACUAAUAUGGAAUGAGCAAUCAAAUACAGUAAAAAGAAAAAUUCUUCUCUGGGCUAUUAAUUAGCUAUAAUAACGAUUUACUUAGAGUGACAACUUUUGAUACUAAUGGAAACAAUUUUGUAUUAAAAUUCCCAAAAAUAUAUAAUAAUAACACCAGUGCAUUUGUUAUUUCUUAUUAUUUUAAUUAGAGUAACUGGAAUUUAUUAGCUAAUAACCCUUAAUCAUAAUAUAUUUACAUUAUAAAUGAAUUAAAUUAUGCUAAAUACUAUAUUGGAGAUAAUUAAACUAUUCAAAGGAGCUAAUAGUUUUUUAGUUAACAGUAAUCAAGCUAUAUAGCUAGCAAACUAGUUAAUUUUGAUGGUGAAGAAAGUUAAGUCAUAAUAUUUAACUAAAUUAAUAAUGUAAAUUAAGUUUAAAUUGCAGAUAAAUUUGGUAAUAAAAUAGAUUUUUUUAACUUUGAUAUUUACACUUAAAUUCCAUAGAUCUCUUUUAGUUUUUAAGAAGUUGUUAACUUAGAAAAAAUUUAAUUUUGCAUUAAAAUUAAUUCAACUUAAUUGUUAGUUUUUGAUGCAAAUUCUAAAUAAAUUAGCUAUUUUAAUGUCUCUUUAGGUUCUCAAUUUAAUUGGAAUAACUAACCUGAAUUUUAUUAAGUUAUUUAUAAUCCUUAGACUAAUCAAACAUAUUUUUAUAUUGUAAAUGGUUUAACAAAAAAACUAUCUAGAGUUAAACUAGAUUCUAAUAAUAUAUCUUUUUAAAAAGAAGUGUUUGACUCAUCAAAAAAUAUAUUAUUAAGUCCAGGAUUUUCAGUAUUUACAUAAGAAUAAAUUGCUGUAGCUUUCUCAUCUAACUAAAUUAUAGAAUAUGAUCUUAAUAGCCUCUAAUUGAAAUCAUUUAAAAAUAAAGGUUACUCUCUUGAUCCCUCUACAAUAGAAUUGAAUAGAUUUUUAGUAUUUUAAAGCAAAUAUAACGUAUUAGGACUUUAAUUUACUAAUUAUAAUAAUUUAUUUAUAAAUACUGAUCAGCAAAAUAUUUAAUUUGAUGCAUUUGGCUGUUUACAAAACAAUUAGUGUGCAGUUUGUGAGCUAUAGGUUUAUUUUGAUUCUUCAUAGUAAAAUUAAGGUUUUGUAGAUAGUUUUGGAUUAGGAGACUUAAAUUAUUAAUUUACAACUUAUCAAAAUUUUAUCUUAGGUUUUUUAUAGGCUAAUCAAUUGUUUUAGUUUGUAAAGACAAUAUAAACUGUUCAGAUUCAUUACUUUAUCAAUAACUCUAAUGAAAUGUAGAUUGAUUAAAAUCAGAUUGAUUUUCCAAUAAAAGAAAAGAUUAUAUUAAUCAUUGAACCUGUUCAAGUAUUUGAAAAUAAUAGCCUAGCAGUAGUUAAUAUAAGUGGAGAUUUUAGCUUAAGUAAAUCAUGUUCUUUAAAUCUCAUAAACAUAUAAUCGAUAUCUGUAAUCGACAAUGUCAUUAUAGCUGGAGGAAGUGAGUAAGAUUAUAUAUUUUGCUUCAACUUUAAAAUUCAAAAGUCUAAUGUAGAGUUUAAAAAUUUGAAUUUAUAAGGUCUAUAUUUAUCAAAUAAUUCCUCUAUGUUUACAGCGUUCAACUAAGAGCAAUUUUCUUUAUUUGUCUCUGAAAGCUUCACAAAUUUAAUUUUGGAAGAUAUCAAUAUUAUUAACAAUAAUUCGACAAAUAUUAUUAGCUUAGAUUAGCAAACUCCUUUAUACUUAUUUUAGUCAAGUAGUAUUUCAAUUAAAAACAUGAGAGUUUCAAACAACAUAUUUUACAAUAUAAAUAUAAUAAAUAUUUAAUCUUACAUUUAAACUUAAGAAAUUUAGAUGGAAAUUUAUAAUGUUUUUAUUUCAGAUAAUAUCUUGAAUUAGAUUCAAUCCAAUUUCUUUAUGCAGGCUCUAUACGAUGACAUAUUAGUACCUAUAGCCACACUUGAUAUCUAAAAUAUAAUAGUUAGCAACAAUUCUUUGCCAAAUGAUAUAAGCGAUUAAUAUUUAUUUGAUAUAAAUAUGUUUUAAAUUUAAAAAUUUUUAAAUAUUAGCAUCUAAAAUAUAUCUUUAAUUAAUAACCACAACUUUGGUCUUGGAUUAUUUAGAUAAACAGAAUUAUUGGACAUAAAUAAUUUUAAUUGCUCUUUUACUAAUAAUUACUAAAAUUUACAAAUUCCUUCAUCUAGCUGUUUAAUGGUUGAAGAUGCUUCUUUAGUAAAUAUUUAGAAUUUUAUUGUUGGUCAAAAGAUUUUAAAUGAUAGCUUUGCUCUUUGCAUAAUUAGUUCUUAAGUAGCAUCAUAAGUAUUAAUUGAAAAUAUUAUAUUGGAAAAUAUUUCAAUUUUUUAAUCAGGAAUGCAAGUAUUUAGUGAACCAAUUUAUAUAAAUCUAAAUAUUGGCUAAACUGUCUAGAUAAAUAAUUUAAAGGCCUCUAACUGUUCUUUAUUUGGAUUACCAUAUUCAUCUGUAUCAACCCCUGUUUUGUACGUACUCAAUUUAAGAGGAUUUGUUAAUAUUUAUCAAGCUAAUUUAUAAGGAAUAUUUUCAAAUUCUAUGAAUAAUGGAUUAGUAAUUAAUGCUAAUUCUCUCAAUAUAAGUAGCAGCAUUUUUAAAGGAUUCUAUUAUAUUGAAAAUGAUACAUUAAAUUAAAAUAAUGCUUUUUAUAAUUUAAGUUCUUAAACUCAAAUAAUAGGAAGUUGCUUUUAUUUUGUUGGAACAUAAUUAAAUAUUUAAAAUUCUUAAUUUAAUGAAACGCAAUCUUAUUAAGGUGGUUUUGGGUAUCUUUAAAAUUUAAUUCACAAUUAAAUUAACUUUUAAAUUAUUAACUCUACCUUUUCGAAUUCUGCUACUAAUUUUUAAGGAUCAAUAUUCUAUAUUAACCUGUCUACCGAGUCAUAUACAAAUACGUUUAAAUUUUAACAAUUAACUUUUAAAAAUAUCUAUGGCAAUUUAAAUAAUUUAAUUUUUAACUUCUAUAAUGCCUAACUAUUAUGCAACAAUAUUACAAUUGUUGAAAAUAACUCAGAUGAUUAUAUUAAUGACUUUGUUUAAUAACAAUUUUUACAAUUUGUUUCUAUUUUUUCCUUCUUGAAUUCUUAUGCUGAAUUAUAAAAUAUAUUCUUAAGUUAAAUUAUUACAAUAAACUAAAUAACACAAUCACCUCUGUUAAUAUAUGGCGAAUAAAAUUCUAUUAUUAAUUUGAAAAAAUGCUAAAUAAGCAAUUCUUUAUUUGCUAAUUAAGGUUUAAUUUUUUUAAAUAAUAGUGUCCUAUAAUCUUCUGAUAUAACCAUUAAGAAUAUGACAUUUGCUAUCCCUUACAGAAGAUAACUCUAAUAAGAAAUGGAAUCAAAAAUAUUUUUAAAUUCUUAUUUUAUAUAAAUUACCUCAUCAAAUGUAUUUUUAAAUUAAUAUAAUGUUUCCUUCUUUAAAUGUAAAACGUGCUAUGGAGGAUUUAUCAAUUCUUAAAAUAGUUCCCUUACAAUAAUCAAAUCAACUUUCUAAAAUCUUCAAGGCUCUAUGGGUGGAGCUAUCUUUAUGACUGAUAAUUAAAAUACUUUAAUUUAAGACUGUAUUUUUGAAUAAUUGCAAGCUUAUUAUAAUGGUGGAGCAUUCUUUAUAUAAAAUUAAUAGGCAGAUAAAGUUUUGACACUUAGAAAUAUAAAAUGCUAGUAGAAUAUAUCAAAUAUUGGUAAAGGAGGAUGUAUUUAUAUAGAAAUGGCUGAAAAUGAUUAAAAUAUUUUGAUAGAAAAUUCUUAAAUAGAGUAAAAUUAUGCAUAAAUAGGAGGUGGAAUAUCUUUUUCAAAUACUUCUAUUUUAUAUAGAAAUAAUACUAUUCGAAAUAACUAUGCAAAGUGUUAUGGUAAUAAUAUUUUUUUUGCACCUAGCUACAUCGAAUAUAAUAAUUCGAUGAUUGAUAAGAAUGCAGAUAUUAAAGCUUUUAAAGAUUUGCUAAUAAUUAACAAUGUUUAGAGUGGAUUUAAUAUUCAUGAACUUAAAUUUUUAUUGAAAGAUGAUGAAGGCUAAUUAAUUUUUUAUGAUAAAAAUAGUCCAAGUUAUAUUGAAUGUCUGGAAAAUCCUCUUACUAUUGUUUAGAUUUUUUCUAAUAGUUCGUACAAUAUCAUAGGAAGUUUGGAAUCUUAAUAUGAUGAUAUAUCAUAGCAAUUUAUUUUCAGUAAUAUAACAAUUACUGCAAAAAAAUAUGCUUAAAUAAAUUUAAUAAUAAAAACUAAUUUAAUAAAGACUAUAAAUCAAACAAAUAACUAAAUCAAAGAUGAUUAUUACUUCAAUGUUACUAUUUAAAUUUCCGACUGCUAGAUAGGAUAUACUCCAUAGAUUGGUAACAAUGGAAUUCCAUAAUGUAUACCUUGCAAAGAUGGUUCUUAUUCUUUCAACUCAGUAGCUUGCCUAAAGUGCCCUAUAGGAGGAAAUUGUAUAAAAUAUGAAAAAGAUAUAAGAAUUUAAGAUGGGUAUUGGAGAUUAAAUUAACAAGAUGAUGAUAUAAUUCUUUGUUAGAACAAAAUACAAAAUUGCAUUGCUCGUAAUCAUUCAUUUUCAGGGAAUGAUAUAUGCAAAAGGGGAUAUGUUGGAGCUCUUUGUGAAUCCUGUGAUUAUUAUGGUGAAAAGUGGGGAUAAAAAUAUAUUAAGACUGGAUCAUAUUAAUGCGCUCUUUGCUAAGUUGCGGUCUACAAUAUAUUUAAGUUAAUCUUGAUAUAUUUAGGAAUUAUUUUAUCAGUUGCAAUAUCAAUUAGAUCUUAUAUAAAUUAAAUUAGAAAGUUCAUUCUUUGUUUAAUAGUUAUUAAAUUAUCUAAAAGAAAAAAAGCUUUUAAAGAUUAAUCUCAUUCAGGAAUAGAUGUUAUACUUAAGAUUAUUGGAACUUAUAUUUAGAGUAUAUUUGCUAUUUCACAGCUUUAAAUCAAUUUUCCGAAUAAUUUGAUUUAAUUUUAGUUGUUAUCAGCAAUGCCUGUGUCAGAAACAUCAUAUGACUUUGAUUGCGGACUCCUUUAGUUAAAUUCUAAAAUUCCUAUCUCAUAUUUAAGAUUAUUUUUUUCGUUUAUUAUUCCUAUAGUAUUUUUAGUUGGAUACAUAAUAAUUGCUUUAGUUAUAAAAAUAUGUAGUAGUAAUUCUAAGAUUAGGUUUCCAAAGCAUAGCAUAGUACCAGCACUACUUUUAAUUAUACUCUAUACCCAACCUAAUUUUCUUUAUUAGCUGGUUUUACUAGGAUCUUGCAGAAAAAUAGGGAGCUAAUACUAUACUAACGAAAACAGUAACUUAAAAUGCUAUGAUGAAGUUUAUAACUUUUAUACUUUGAAUUUUGUUGUUCCUUUAACAAUAUUAGUCUCAUUCAUAAUCCCUUUAAUCUUCUUUGUUAUAUUGUUUAAAAACAGAAAAAAUUUAAAUAAUCCAUCAUUUUUAAUCAAGUUUGGGUUUUUAUAUAAAGAAUAUAAAUCCUAAUUCUAUUUCUGGGAGUUUAUUAAGAUAAUUCAAAAAACAAUAAUUAUGGUUGUUUUAAGCUAUUUUUAGUAGCUUUAUGCUACUAAAGGUUAUUUAGUAUUAUUUACCAUCCUAAUUUAUCAAGCUCUUUGCUUUAAGCUCGAACCAUACAAAAAACCUGAAAUAAAUUAAUUAGAUUUUAUGCAAGCUUCAGUGUGCUCUUUCUCAAUUUUUAUAUCAUUAAGUAUUUUGCAAAACUAAAUCGAGUAAAUAAAAUACAUGAAUAUUUUGAUUAUGAUAGGAAUUAAUGUAUUCUUUAUAUAUAGAGUUAUCUAUUAAAUUUUAAAAUAGCUUUUAACUGAGAAAAUGCAUAAAUUAAGUAAAUAUUACUAUAAAUAUUCUUUCUUAAAGAAAGUAUUUAAGUUCUUGAAUAUUCAUGCUCCUCCAAAACCUUAAAAAUUAAAAAGAAUUUUUGAAACUAACUAAUAACUAAAAGAGAAAGUUAAAGAAUCCUUAAUAAAGAUUAAAGACAUGGACCAUUAGGAUAGAUUUUUAAUUUAUAGUAGCUAUAAAGAGAGCUGUAAUAAUAAAAAUUAAUUAAAUUAAAUUUUAGCUUAUUCUUAAUUAAAUUUUCACUUAUUUUUAAUUAAAAUUAUUUAGAGUAUAUUUAUUGCAAUUGUCCAUAAAUAGUAUAUUAGUAGAAUAAUGAAACACAUUCCAAUAUAUCAAUUGAUGAAAAUAUAGAAAGCAAGAAUAAAAUACAAAACUAAAUUUAUUAAUUUAAAAUUUAGAAUCUAGGCUUAGAAGUAAAAUUUUAAACAUAUUUUUAUUUUUAUUUAAUUGUUAUUUUUUAGGCAAAAAAUUGCUAAAACUCAGUAUACAAGUGAUGACUUAAAUAAAAAAAAAUUUAUUAAUAAAUAUAUUAGUGAAUUACUCAUAUUUAUUAUGUAUUGGUUUUAAUGUUAUAUAUCAAACAAAUAUUCUUGA